UCCUGAUAAACGUUUUCAAAUAAAUGGAGACAUAUCACAUAUCUGUGUAUUCGACGCAAACAGUUUGUGUUAAUAACACCUAACAGAAAGUCACAUCAUGGCAGCAUACUACUGGGUAGACACCUUUGCCAGAUCUAUGGUACCUACUACAGCCCUUUCUGGAGGAUAUGACAUAGAUGGGGCAGAAAUAUUCGUUGGAAGGGCUUUCCAUGAUGGUGAUUGGAUUCCAGCUAAAGUAAUUCCUAGCAAAAAUGUUGCCUACGUAGCUUACAACGGUGGUGAACACGCUAAGGAUAGAUACCAGGUUUUAUGUGAACAAAGGUUUGAUUGGGUACAUAGUAGUGGAGGAGAAAUACCAUAUGGGGCUGUUGAAGGAGGUAAAACCAGCGAUGGAGAACCACUUUAUAUUGGCAGAGUUCAUCACGAAGGAUCUCAUACUGUUGGAAAGGUACACCCAAGUCACAGAGUCUGCUACAUUCCUUUCGACGGCAGGGAGAUUGCUUACCCUCAUUACGAAAUUCUGAUACUCAGAUCUUGAGAAGAAUGAAUAGCUCCAAGCAUUGUAUUUGUACGAGUUCUGAAAGGUUCAUAUGCAAAGAAUAAUGGAAAAAUCAAUAUUUUUUACAAUGACGUUGUUUACUUUAAUAAAAUAAAACAAUAAAACUGCUUA